GUAGGACUCGAGACACCGACGACUCAACAGGUCCUUGUUUGACAUCGCAAAAGAAUAAAAAAAAAUAGAUAUAACGAAAAAAAAAAAAAAAAAACUCAUCUCAAUUAAACUUUUGUCUAUUUAUAUUUAAAAAAUAUCAACAGACAUUAUAGUUAAUUUCAUUCAAAGUAAUUAAUUAUUUCAGUGAAUAAAAAAUUAAACAAAUAGUGUUAUUUAUUUUUUUUAAAUCAAUAAUUUAUAUAGAGUGAAUUUAUAUACUUAAAAAAAAAUCGUGAAUAUUUAAUAAAUCGCAUAAUAGAUCUAAAUAAAAAAUUUAUAAAAAUUAAAUAAGUGUUUUGUAAAUUGAUGGCUGUCAGCACUCUCAAUAUGUCACCAUAUUUCUCUGGAUAUCCUUUUCAAGGACAAGGACGUGUUAAUCAAUUGGGUGGUGUAUUUAUAAAUGGACGUCCAUUACCACAUCAUAUACGUGUUAAAAUUGUACAAAUGGCACAUGAAGGUGUUAGACCAUGUAUGAUAUCACGACAACUUCGUGUAUCACAUGGUUGUGUAUCAAAAAUAUUAAAUAGAUAUCAAGAAACUGGUUCAGUUAAACCAGGUAUGAUUGGUGGUAGUAAACCUCGUGUUGCAACACCAGAAGUUGAAACAAGAAUUGAAGAACUUAAACGUGAUAAUCCAGGAAUAUUUAAUUGGGAAAUACGUGAAAAAUUAAUUAAGCAAGAUGGUGUUUGUGAUAAAACAGGAGCUCCAUCAAAUUCAAGUAUUUCACGGCUUUUACGUGGUACUAAUGGAGCAACAAGACCCGGUGAUGAUCCACGACGUAAUCAUUCAAUCGAUGGUAUUCUUGGUGGUAGUGGAGGAGAAGAUUCUGAUACUGAAAGUGAACCUGGACUUUUAUUAAAAAGAAAACAAAGAAGAAGUAGAACAACAUUUACUGGUGAACAACUUGAACAAUUAGAAGCAGCAUUUCAUAGAACUCAGUAUCCUGAUGUUUAUACAAGAGAAGAACUUGCACAAAAAACAAAAUUAACUGAAGCUAGAGUUCAAGUAUGGUUUAGUAAUAGACGUGCACGUCUUCGUAAACAACUUAAUAGCCAACAAUUGAAUGCAUUUAAUACAAUGGGAUUACAAUCAUUUCAAUCACAACAUUAUCCACCAAGUAAUCCAGACAACUAUCAAAGUUAUACUCAAACAGCACCACCAACAUCAAAUGCUUAUCCACAACACUAUAAUUACAGUGACAAUUAUUAUGCUCAACAGCAAUGGCCACGUACGACAACCGAAAAUUAUGGACUUUUUAAUAGUUCAUCACACUAUGGCGGUACAAAUUUACCAUCAAAUUUAUCACCAACAAAUUUAAAUAUUGGUGGUCUGAGUGGUAGCAUCAGUCCAACUGGUUCAAAUAUGAGUGCAUGCAUGGUACAAACAUCACCAAGUGUAACAAGUACAAUGACAUCUCAUCCUCAUCAUUCUCAUCAUCAUCAUCAUCAUGUUACACCACACAGUCCAACUGAAGCUAAAAGUGGAUAUCCAUAUUUUGGAAGUAUUGCAAGUCAAGUUUGCGGAACAGUACAUUAAUAAUUAAAUUAAAUUUUUUUUCUUUCUAUUUAUUAAUUUAAUUAAUAAAUAUUUAAAAAAACCCCCCCAACAUCUAAAUUAUUAUGAGAUAAUAAUUUAAAAUUUAAAAUUUUUGUGAUGAAUUAUUAAGGUGCUUAUUUAUAAUUUAAUAUUCACAUAUGACAAUUUUAUUUUUAUUUUUUUUUUCACUUGAUUUAAUUCCAGUGAAUAAUAUUAUUAUUAUUUUUUUUUUUUAUACUUAAUACUUUAAGUGAUAAACAUUUUAGAAAAUAUAUUUAAAAUGUUAACUUGUGCCUUAAUUUGCCGUAUAUACAUAGCUAUUAAAAAAAAAAAAAAAAAAAAAUUCAAUUAUAAAUUAUCGCUGGAGUUUUAUGCCUUAUUACAUCUCCGUAUUUCCGUAAGCAAUCUACCAAGAAUUUAUUAUUAUUAUUAUAAGACUUAUUGUAUAUAAAUAAAUAUAUAGAUACCAUGAUUAUUAUUAUUUUUCUUCUUCAAAAGGACUGGUGUCAUUGGAACACAUGAAAUUUUAUAAUUGUGAUGUUAAUAAUUGGCUUAAUGAUUAUUGUAAAUAUAUUUAUUUAAGAAUUUAUUUUUUUUUUCUCAAACAAAACUUUUAUAAAAAAAAAAAAAAAAGCUUUAUUUUGGUAUUUUAAAAAUUAUUUAAGUGUCUUGUAUCUAUAUGUAUAUUUAAUUUUCUUUUUUUAAUUAUUAAUAAAGCUAUUAAUUGAUAAAUAAAUAAAUUAAUUAAAUAAUAA